GGACCGCACGCUGUUGUGGACAGGCGAGUCUCCUUCCUUGGACUCUGUCCCGACGUGCGCGACAUUUGCAGUGAGAGCCGCGUGUGCGCGCUUUGCGAUGGCGCUAUAAAAGCAGCGUCAGGUAGCCCAGGUGACACUCCAGCUGCGGACACACGCUUCUGCAGGCAUGGCUCCAAGACCACAAGAAGGGACUGGUUCCUCCUCUACUAUAGAUAGCAAGGCUUUGGGUAAGGAAGAAUGUGUCCCAUCAGCUUACUCCACCUUGGACUUGGUGAAUGAGGAGCCUCCUGAGGAAGAUCCCUGGGAUCUCCCUGAACUCAAAGACACAGGGAUCAAGUGGUCAGAGCUGGACACCAAAGGAAAGAUAAUAAGAGUGCUGACUGGUCUUGUGAAGCUGGUUCUGCUGCUGGGAUUACUCUACUUGUUUAUUUGCUCGCUGGAUAUUCUCAGCUCUGCUUUCCAGCUAGUCGGAGGAAAAGCUGCUGGUGAUAUCUUCCAGGACAACGCUGUGUUAUCCAACCCAGUGGCUGGGCUGGUAAUUGGGGUGUUAGUCACUGUGAUGGUGCAGAGCUCCAGCACCUCCUCUUCUAUUGUGGUCAGCAUGGUUUCCUCUGGAUUGCUGGAUGUAAAGUCUGCAGUGCCAAUCAUCAUGGGGGCCAACAUUGGGACCUCUGUCACCAACACUAUUGUGGCCAUGAUGCAGGCAGGAGAUCGAAACGAAUUCCGCAGGGCUUUUGCUGGUGCUACAGUCCACGAUUUCUUCAACUGGCUGUCCGUUCUUAUCCUUCUUCCCUUGGAAGCAGCAACAGGUGUUCUAUACAAACUUACCCUCCUCCUGAUCGAGUCCUUUAAUAUCCAGACUGGAGAAAACGCCCCUGACCUGCUGAACGUCAUCACAGACCCACUCACUGAAUCUAUCAUCCAGCUGGACAAGUCUGUCAUCAAUGACCUUGCAACUGGUGAUCCUAAUGCAAGAAACAAGAGUCUGAUCAAAAAGUGGUGCAAAACAAAGACAAACACGACAUUCUGGAAUGGCACCGUAGAGAACUGCCCCACUGGCGCUGUUUGUUGGGAGGAUGGAAACCUGACAUGGACUGAGAUGAACACCACUUUCACUGAAUACCAGCAGAAAUGCAAACACCUUUUUGUCAAUGUUAACUUGCCUGAUCUGGCCGUCGGCCUCAUUCUCCUGGCUCUGUCUUUGCUCGUCCUCUGCACCUGCCUCAUCCUCAUUGUCAAGCUGCUCAACUCCAUGCUGAAGGGACAGGUGGCUGUGGUCAUCAAAAAAGUGCUCAACACAGACUUCCCUUUUCCCUUUGCUUGGGUUACCGGCUAUAUUGCAAUUUUGGUGGGGGCAGGGAUGACUUUUAUUGUGCAAAGUAGCUCCGUCUUCACCUCAGCAAUUACACCUCUGGUUGGUAUUGGUGUAAUCAGUCUUGAGAGAGCUUAUCCUCUGACUCUGGGCUCAAAUAUUGGUACAACAACCACCGCUAUACUUGCUGCUAUGGCUAGCCCUGGAGAUAAACUAGCCAACUCCCUGCAGAUUGCACUCUGCCACUUUUUCUUCAACAUCAUGGGAAUCCUACUUUGGUAUCCAAUCCCUAUCACGCGGGUGCCCAUCAGGCUAGCCAGAGGUCUAGGGAACAAAACAGCUAAAUACCGCUGGUUUGCUGCCCUCUACCUCUUCUUAUGUUUCCUCGUUCUCCCUCUCACUGUUUUCGGCCUCUCAUUGGCUGGUUGGCAAGUCUUGGUUGGUGUCGGCGUGCCUAUAAUUGCAUUAAUUGUCACAGUGGUCAUCAUCAAUGUCAUGCAGUCUCGUUUCCCACGCCACCUUCCCAAGGUCCUCCGCACCUGGGACUUUUUGCCCCGACCCCUUCACUCCAUGGCUCCCUGGGACAGGGUGGUGACUUCCACCACGCUGUUCUGUGGCAGACACUGCUGCUGCUGUUGCAGAUGCAGCAACUGCUGCAGAAAAGACGAUGGCGAGGAAAAGAUCUCGAGGACAAACAGGAAGGGUCUAGAGGUGUACGAUAACCCGGCUUUGACUAGAGACAAAGAUACAAACGAAAGCAUUAAAGCAACUCAUCUUUAAUGUCAUCCAGUUUGAUUUUUCUGCAGGUGCAAUACAAAAUGUGACAAUGUGCAGGCAACACACUUGUAAAUGUUCAUCACUUCUCAGGUUGUGGUAUGAUGGUGAUUAUCUGCUCACACUUAGCAUACACUGUCUAUAGCAAUCCUUGAAACAAUGAACAUGACUGUCACACAUAUGAGGUUUGUUUCAUGCUGCUUUUGUUUUACUGUACAGACUCACUUUGGGCUUUGACUUCAUUCAAUUCAAUUCAAGUUUAUUUAUAUAGCGCCAAAUCACGACAAGAGUCGUCUCAAGGCACUUCACAUAAUAAAACAUUCCAAUACAGGACAGUUCAUUAAGCCAAUCAGAAAAAAGUUUCCUAUAUAAGGAACCCAGGAAAUUGCAUCAAGUCACUGACAUAUAUGAGUGGUUGUAAAUAGGUUCUCUUAUUAUUUUUAUUUGAUGUGUGAAAGACGUUUGUGGUUUCAUUUUCCUCUUUAAACAUCAGCUUUGAAUGUGUAUUGCAGCACUUCAGUUGUAAUAUUAUUAACUUGUUACUGCUAAGUAUUUGACUAUGUAAUAUCUGUAAAUUAAAAAUAACAAUUUUAAAGCU